AUGGCGGCGGCGGCGGCGGAGGCAGCAGUGACGAUCGUCGGCGCAGGGCCGUCGGGGCUGGCGACGGCGGCGUAUCUCCGCCACCUGUCGAUUCCGUACACAAUCCUAGAGAGAGAAGACUGCUACGCUUCGCUAUGGCAGAAAUACUCUUACGACCGCCUCCAUCUCCACCUGACCAAGCACGCCUGUAGCCUGCCGUUAAUGCCCAUGCCGGAAACCUACCGGAAAUAUCCUUCCCGGCGGGAUUUUCUGGCGUACCUCGCAGAUUACGUGGCGCGGUUCGAAAUCCGGCCGCAGUACCGCCGGCGCGUGGUCGCGGCGGAGUACGACGAGACUCGCCGGAAAUGGCGGAUCCGGGCGCGGAAUCUGGCGGCGGAGGAAGAGGAGGAGUAUGAGUCGAGGUUUCUGGUGGUCGCCACCGGCGAGACAUGUGACCCGCACGUGCCGGCUUUGCCUGGCCUCGGAGACUUCGCCGGAGAGGUUAUCCACUCGACAAGGUACAAAAACGGCGAGAAAUUUGGCGGGAAGUCUGUCUUAGUGGUAGGCUGUGGGAAUUCAGGCAUGGAAAUCUCAUUAGAUUUAGCGGAGUCGGGAGCCAGGACUUCCCUUGUUGUCCGAACACCGGCACAUGUAGUGUCAAAGGGGAUUGUGAAUGUAGGGUUGGUGCUGCUCAAAUAUUUGCCCUUUGGAAUGGUUGAUUGGAUAGUGAGUUUGAUGAGCAAAUUGGUGUAUGGAGAUUUAACUAAGUAUGGAUUUUCAAGGCCUAAAGAAGGUCCUUUUGCAAUGAAGCUCAAGUAUGGAAAGUACCCGAUAAUCGACGUCGGCACUCUUCGCAAGAUUCGAUCCCGACAAAUUCAGGUGUUGCCAGAAAUAGCAAGCAUAAAGGGGAAUAAUAUUGAAUUCAAGAAUGGAGGUCAAUAUCCAUUUGAUGCUAUAGUAUUUGCCACAGGCUUUAAAAGAUCUACCAAGCAGUGGCUCAAGGGUGGUGACAGUGAUGGGCUGUUAAAUGAUGAUGGGCUUCCAGAAUAUACUAGAGCCAAUAAGUGGAAGGGUUCUAAUGGGCUUUAUUGUGCAGGCCUGUCUCGUAAAGGACUGUUUGGAUCUGCUUCUGAUGCCCAGAGUAUAGCCUUUGAUAUUGAGGCCCACCUCUGAUUAUCUCUAAAUUAAUUAAUGCCAUUUCUAUCUUUAUUUUAUGUUAUUGAAAAACUGUCAAGUCUUAGUCUUUUUUAAAUAAAACAUUGGAAUUUGCUGUGUUCAUUCAUGUUAUUCAGAAUAUAUCUGUAUCUAUAUGGGAAUAUGAUU